AUCCAGAGGGGGAAGUGGGCUGUACUGGAGGAUUUUCGGAGGGGAAACAUACACACACACACGUAUCGUGCUUUACAAUGCUGAUCAGUAAACAUGUAGCAGCCUGGACACGUCUGAUCCAUGUUGAACCUCAGAUGGUGAGCUCGAGGGAUCGUCUGGUUUGAAGGUUAUGGAUUCGAACCUUCCUUGUUUUAUCCUCUUCAUCUUGAUUGGCUGUGUCACAUGCUCUUCUGAUGAUCAUCACCACCACAAUGCCACCCGCCGCUACGAUUACUGUGUGCUCGGAGCCGGGCCUGCAGGACUGCAGAUGGGAUACUUCCUCUCCAAGGCCAAGAGAGACUACAUCAUCUUGGAGAGGAACUCAGGACCGGGCAGCUUCUUUAACAAGUAUCCCAGGCACAGGAAGCUCAUUAGCAUCAAUAAGAUCUACACAGGAAGGCAGAACCGAGAGUUCAACCUGCGCCACGACUGGAACUCGCUGCUGAGCGAUAAACCUGACCUCCUGUUUAAGAGGGUGAGCAGUGAGUUUUACCCUCCAGCCGAUGCCUUCCCGCUCUACCUUUCCAUGUUCGUGAAGGAGCUCGGGCUGAGGGUCAGGUACGGCGUGGACAUCGGCAGGAUCAGGGCAGUGCAGUCAGCCACCGGCAGGAGCUACAUCCUGACUGAUCAACAUGUGAUGGACUACACAUGCAGCGUCCUACUGGCAGCCACAGGUUUGUGGGUCCCUCAGAAGGUAGAGUUUCUCGGGUCUGACCUGGUUGAAGGCUACGAGUCCAUCUCCACUAAUCCAGAGGACUACAAGGACCAGGCCAUACUUAUCUUGGGCAAGGGGAACUCGGCUUUCGAAACAGCACAGAGCAUCUUGGGAAGAGCAAGUCGGGUACACAUGCUCAGUUCCAGCCCUGUUCGACUGGCUUGGCAAACUCAUUAUGUUGGAGACCUCAGAGCUGUGAAUAAUGAGCUCAUAGACACAUAUCAGCUGAAGUCCCUCGAUGGGUUGGUGGAGGCAAGCCUGGACAAAAUAGUCAUCGUUCAACGAAAGGAGCAAGGCAGGAGGAGAUCGGGCACCAAGAACAAAGAGAAGAAGCGACAGUUGUACUUGACUUUAAAGAAGUACAUACAAGACAAGAACAGUUCUGAGGUGACGGGAGACGAACUGCCGGGGUAUCACUUUGACAACUUCUCUAUGCGAAAGCCCUACGACCGUGUGAUUCGAUGCCUCGGGUUCAGAUUCAACUUCAGUGUAUUUGACAGUUCUGCCUGCCCUCCAAACAGUGACAAUGCAAAAGGGAGGUUGCCGGGGGUGACAGCCUGGUAUGAAGGGACCAACACCCCUGGUUUGUUUGUGCUGGGAACUGCUGCUCACUCCAGAGACUACCGCUUGUCUGCUGGAGGCUUCAUCCAUGGAUUCCGUUACACAGCGCGAGCUGUACAUCGUGUGCUUGAACAGCGUUACCACAGCAAUCCCUGGCCAUCCACAAAACUGUUGACAACGCAGCUCCAGUCCUGGAUCCUGAAGCGGGUCGGCGAGGCCUCUGGGCCAUACCAAAUGUUUGAGGUGCUGGGGGACGUUAUCCUUCUUCGAGGCUCUCACUGUGAAUACGUGGAAGAGUUUACUCUCCAGGCGUUGCCUCAGUUCACCUCUCUGUCGGGUCAUGAGGUCACCCACCACGGACUGAUAGUUCUCGUCAUGCAGUACGGGAAGAAGAAGAUAGACUAUCUGGGGCGGGGCAGGGCGGAGACAGACUGGACCAAAGCUUGGCAAUCCAACUUUUUGCAUCCUGUUUUAUACUACUAUGACACACUUCCUACUGAGGAAGAAAUGAAGCUCCGUCCCCAAGGCUGGCCUUUACCGAGGCCCAAAGCAAUCCAUCACAUGGUGGAGGACUUCCUCACAGAGUGGGAGGGUCCCAUAUCUCAUAUCCAGCCACUGCGGCGCUUCCUCGAGCACUGUGUCCAAACUGACCUCAGGGCCUUCUAUGCGGAAUCAUGUUUUCGCUCAUCCCUCACCCACCGAAAGCCGCCGCUGUUUUGUCAGCAAGGAUACUUGAAGCAUCAGGGUGUCGCUCACAACAUGCAGCUGUGGCAACGCGAUCAUGACGCUGGACUGAUGCCUGUCGAGCAGGAUGCGGACACAUCAGGGGCCGACCCCGCAUUCCCCAAAUACCUGGCACAAGCUGGAGCCUCCGUGUCUUCAGGACUGAAACUUGACUUCUGAUUGUUUUACUCGAGCGUGCUAAAGCUCUGUCUACCAUGCUGUUAAGGUCCCUCAGACUUGCUACCUCCAGCACCCAUGAUAACUCCCUCCAUGAGACCAAAUAUUUUGACAGAAUAUCAUCCUACAGAUCAGUGGUUCCCCAUGUUUAUGGCAUGUGACCCCUUAAAGGUCCAGUGUGUAGGAUUUAGUGGGGAUGUACUGGCAGAAAUUGAAUUUAAUAUGAUAUAAUAAGUGUGUUUUCUUUAGUCUCACCUGAAAAUGAGAUAUUUUUUUUUUAGUUAUCUUAAAAUGAGCCUUCCAUGUCUACAUAGGGUGCAGGUCCUUGUCCACAGAGAUUGCCAUGUUGCACCGCCAUGUUUUUACAGUAGCCCAGAAAACCAAUCACUGGCUCUAGAUAGGGACAUCGAACAAUGAACACUGAAGGAAUUCAAUUCAGGCAAGUGUCAGCUGGUUGCGAUGUGAAAUCCUCACCACUAGAUGCCACCAAAUCUUCCUAAAUCUUACACACUGCUCCUUUAAAUUACGUCAGUUUCUACCUACAAACUCUCCUCACCUGAUGUAAAUGUCUUACACUUGACUGUUUCAACCAAAGAGUGACUUUCCUUCUUUAUUUUGAUCAUGCUUUAAGGGGCAAAUGAUGCAAAAUUAUCCAAUAAUUCACAAGAAAAAAAGCAAAGAUUAGAGGAAAGAUAUAUCACAGCCCCUCAGGCUGUAUCAUCAUGCAACUUUUUGGGAACCCAGCCCCCACUGCAUAUCACUGGAGAGGCACCUUAUCCCUGGAAUGCUCUUUUAUUGAUAUUCCUCACAAAAUAUUUACAUAUAUAUCAGAAUAUGACAUUUUCAUAUCAUGGAAAUCGACAUUAUAUGAAUAUAUAUAGGCAGAGGGUGGGUGUUACAGAAUGAUUAUGCAUAUAUACAUUUUACAUGAUAUUAUCUGAUGAAACAAACAUUAAAGAUGGAAUACAGACUGUUUUUUAAUUCAAAUAAAAGUUUUUGUUUUUGUACUGUUA